ACUGUAGUUCCAAGUACGAGUACAGGAAUUAUUCAUUCGUCGUCGCAGACGAAUCAGAUGGUAAAUCUAAAACUGCAGAAAUCACAAACGCUCUGUUAUUUAUGGUCGCAAAGGAUAAUAUGCCUUUAAAUUCCGUUGACAAGGCGGGUUGUCGGUAUUUAUUAAAGGUUUUCGCUCCACUCUACAAGAUCCCAGGACGCCAGCAGUUUACGGAUUUAAUGGAUAAAAAAUAUGAGGUCUUGUCACUUUUAGUCAAGCAAAAACUUGAAACUGUAGAGAGCAUUACACUGACAUGUGAUGUGUGGACGGAAGUGUUGAAUACGGUCAGCUUUUUAGGCAUAUCUGCCCAUUAUAUUUAUAACAACGUAUUAACGUCCACAACGAUGGGUGUUUUUGAAUUAGAUCAGUGGCAUAUUGGAGAGUAUUUAGGAGAAGUACUAUUAUCCGUGUGUAAUAAUUGGAACAUGCCAAUAUCAAAAAUUAAAGCUGUAGUAACGGAUAAUGGUGCAAAUAUACAUGCUGGAAAUACAACAAACUUAACGCAGCAUUUGAACAGAAAGCAUGCUAAUUUUACUGAUAACGAAAGUCAAGAAACUGAUCAACAACAACAACAACAUAAGACAACUAGAAGCUACCCAAAAACAGUAGUAAAGAUUGACAAAGCCUUUAAAAAGAUGAAAUCUUAUAAAGCAGGUGGAGAAAUGUCAAAUCAACUAACUAAUAGUUUAAUGUACAUGCUUGCAGUUGACAACCUGCCUCUAUCAACAGUCGAACAUACUGGCUUUCUGCAUUUUUGUAAAAAGGCCGUGCCGCUAUACACUCCACCGAGCAGGAAAACCAUUACGAGUCUUAUGGAUGACAAGUACUCUGUACUUAAAAAUAUAUACAAAAGUCGUUUCCAGAAAUUACAAAAUGUAACAAUUACAACUGACAUAUGGACAGACGUUUCUGUAAAGAGUUAUAUAGGCGUAACAAUUCAUUAUUUGGACGACAAGUUGGAAUUUGUAAACACUACAAUAGGGGUAAUAUCUCUGGACGAAAGUCACACUGAGGAAUACAUAGGUCUUUGUUUGAUGCAACUUUGCCAAGAUUGGGGAAUAAAUAUAGAUUGUAUUACUGCGAUUGUUACCGAUAAUGCGGCGAAUAUUGUAAAAGCAAUAACUGACACUUUUGGGAAAAAGAAACAUCUAAGAUGCUUUGCCCAUACGCUAUCACUUGUAUAUCCCGAUGCUGUAAAAACUAUUCCUUCUUUAGUAAAUCUUUUAGCAAAAGUUAAAAGUAUUGUAACUUUAUUCAAACAAAGUGUCGUAGCUGCAGACGAAUUACGGCGCUUACAAUUUUUAGAAGGAAAAACAGAAGGAACUGUAUUAAAAUUAAUUCAAGAAGUUCCGACUAGGUGGAACUCUGCGUUUUAUAUGAUACAACGGUUUUUACAGUUAAAGGAUUACAUUAACAAUAUGUUAUUAAAAUGCCCAAAAGCGCCUAAUAUGAUAGUCCGGGACGAAUUAGAAGUAUUGCAAGAAAUAGUUGAUAUUUUAAAGCCAAUUGAGUACGUUACAAAAACUAUUGGAGGUGAUACUUACACAACUAGCAGUCUCGUGAUACCAUUAAUUCAUUAUAUGAUGCUUACCGUUAAAAAGUGCACUCCGAUUACUGAUACGGGAAUUCAGUUUAAAGAAAACAUUCUUACAGAAUUAAAUAAAAGGUUCCAACAUGUCGAAUCUGUUUCGCAUUUAGCAAUUGCAACAUUGAUGGAUCCCCGAUUUAAGAAAACUCAUUUUGAAUCUCCCUUAGCAUUAAGUACAGCUAUACAGCAUAUUAAUAAUAUGAUUGAAAUUGAUUUAGGGAAUCAGAAUAACGAAAUUAUUCAAACUAAAGCAAGUGUAGUUGAAAGAGAUGAACAGUCGAAUAAUUUUUGGAAAAUGCAUAAGGAAUUAGUAGCUUCAAUUGCUUCUAAACGACAAGUUGAGACAACUAUACAAGAUAAUAACAUUGAGCUAAAACAAUAUUUAUCGCAACCGGUUAUUCACGACACUGCUAAUCCAAUAGAAUAUUGGAAAAUGUCAAAACAUGUUUUUCCAUUGCUGUAUCCAGUAGCUAUAAAAUAUUUAUCAAUAGUAGCAACAUCAGUUCCUGCGGAGCGUUUAUUCUCAAAGGCCGGCAAUACAAAAACUAAUUUAAGAAAUCGCUUAACCGAUAAUGGAUCAAAUACAAUUAAAUUGAUUCGCUUGUUGGAAAACGAUCAAUUAGAAGAAUGUAAAGCAAAUGAUAAAAGCGAUGAAACCGAUAAUGUAAGUAUUACAUGGAACAAGGAUGAUGAUAUAUUUUUGGAAGAUGAAAAUAGCGUUAAAGAAAUCGAAGAGAUCGAUGUUUCGAUGUUAAGAGCAGAUUUACAGUUGUAA